AUGACGCACCCCUCCGCAUCGAAGAAUGCAUUCAUCCCGACGUGGAUGUCCGUCCUUUCCGACGUUCUCUUCCAGAAACUUCGAUGCAAACACCUGCCGAAAACGUCUUUGGAAAUGGUCACAUUUCCCCACGGGAAGGAAGAAAAAUCAUCAUCCAAGAAGACGUUUAAGAAGCAAACCAUCAUCGUGACCGGCCCAACGUCUGGUAUCGGCGAGACGACCGCGUUGACGUUAGCUAUGAGAGGUCACAGAGUGAUUUUAGCCUGUCGGACGGUCUCUAAAGGCGAGACGAUGGUCAAGAAAUGGCAACAAAAAUACUCCUCCAAAAACACAAGAUUGAAACUCGACUGCGUCGUCAUGAAGCUCGAUUUGAACAGUUUACGAUCGAUUCGAGAGUUCGCGAAAACAUUUACAGAUGUCGAAGAUCGAUUGGACGUGUUAAUAAACAACGCCGGCGUGUUUGAUAUGUCGAAUAAAUACGUGCUCACGGAGGAUGCGUACGAACAGCACCACGGGACGAACUUUUUAGCGCCGAGUUUACUCUCGCUUCUGUUGAUAGGUAAAAUGUUGGAAACGAAGACGACGGAGGGGUGCGAAACCGCCGCGAGGCAAUCGAACAGUCGGAUUGUGUUUGUGAGUUCAAAGUUGCACGAAUUUGCGAAGAAUUAUGACAUGCAAAAGAAAUCGUUUGGGUUCUCCGCGAAGAAGGCGUACGCAAAUAGCAAAAUGGCAGAGAUUGCAUUCGCAAAGGUGUUAGAGAGGAAAGUGUGUAAAGCGUUUUAUACGAACGCGAAGGAUGGAAGGGACCCGUCGAACGCGCCGAUUAAAAUGAUGAGUUUACAUCCUGGAAAUAUUAUAACGAACGUUGUGAAAACGUUACCGAAAUUGAUUCAGUUUUUGUACCGAACGACGAUGCGACAGAUUUUGUUUACGUGCGACGAAGGCGCGAGGGCGACGGUGUAUUGCGCGCAAAGCGAAUACGCGUUCGAGGAGGCCAAAGGAAAGUUUGGGAGUUACUUUGAUUCUGCGUGCGAGUUGCGCGAGCCGAACAGCUUGAGCGAAAUAGAGGAAGAGGGAUUGUGGCGAGAAGUCCUGAAAGAGUUUGGGAUGUCUGAAGCGCAGUUGAUAAAGGAGUGGCAGACGGCGCUCGCGUGA